UUGGUUGGCUUACAUUCUAUGGUACCUUCUUAUCACAAGAUUCUUCAAUCUCUCUAUAUAUUGAUCAACUUUGAGCAUGGAGUGCUACAACUUUGUUCAAGAUCAGCUGUGAGAUCAGAAGCAAAUUCAAAAUGCCUCUAUCAUCAUCAUGUUAGGAUCAAACUCACAUGAUAAGAGCCAUGGCGCGUCGGGUACAGGAGCUACUAGCCGUAGUGGUCUUGGCCAUCUUUCCCAAAGCAACAUUCGGCAAGCCGAGCUACCACUCGAGGGCAAGCGACGCGCCAGUGGCGGCAGAAGGCGGCAACAGAUACUGCUUGAGCUGGAGACUCGCGGUGGAGGCGAACAAUAUGCGCGCGUGGCGCACGGUCCCACCCCAGUGCCAGCGGUACGUUGAGUCCUACAUGACCGGGGGGCAGUACGACUGGGACCUCAACCUGAUCGUCAACCAGAUCGCGGCUUAUGCCGACAGGAUCUCUGUGUCUGACGACGGCAUGGACGCUUGGGUCUUGGACAUUGAUGAUACAUGCAUUUCCAACAUGUUUUACUACAAGGGAAAGAGAUAUGGAUGCGACCCGUUCGAUGCGGCGGGGUUUAAGGCGUGGGCGGUGCGAGGAGAGUGCCCGGCAAUACCGGCGGUGCUGGAGCUGUUCCAGAAGCUGGUUGAUGAUGGCUUCAAGGUCAUCUUGCUCACGGGCAGAGACCAAGAAACUCUUGGACCUGUCACUGUUGACAAUUUGCUUGAUCAGGGAUUUGAUGGCUAUGAGCGUCUGAUUAUGAGGACGCAGGCUUAUAAAGGGCAAAGUGCAAUUGCAUACAAAUCAGACAUAAGGAGGCAAUUGGUGGAAGAAGGGUACAGAAUCUGGGGGAACGUUGGGGAUCAGUGGAGUGAUCUUCAGGGUCAAUUCGUGGGCAAUCGAACUUUUAAGAUUCCUAAUCCCAUGUACUUCGUUCCUUGAGAACAUUACAAAUUCGAUUAUUCCCAU